AUGAACUCGAAAAAGGAUCUCUCCACUCCCUCAGUAGACCUGCCGCUGUACCAGCUAGAUGGGCGCGACCUCGGCGUUGUCUUCGAAGAUGUUCGCGUCUACGGCAGGGACGCCAGUGAACGCCGCGUUCCGGACUUUUUGGGAAUACUCACAUCCAUCUGCAAAUUACCCGCCAGGAUCCUACAAGGAGCAAAAGGGAAAAAGCAUUCUACCCGGGAGAUACUUCAGAACGUCUCGGGCGUUGUGUUUCCAGGGGAGAAUCUCCUUGUCAUUGGGAGGCCAGGAUCAGGAUGCACCAGCGUUCUCAAGAUACUCGCAAAUGAGAGACAGUCAUUUGAGGACGUUCAAGGGACGAUAGCAUACGCUGGACUACCGUCUUCUGAAUUAGCUAAAAGAUUUGGAUCCGAGAUCAUCUUCAAUGGCGAGGAAGAUAUCCACUUCCCCAGGCUUGCCGUCAAACACACAAUUGAUUUUGCCCUGCGACUACGACAACCCGCGUACGACAAUACGCCUCAACAACGAUUCUCGGAGGAAAUAAUGGCAAAAUUACUUUUAUCAGUGGGAAUAUCUCAUACGAAGGAUACCAUCGUUGGAGAUUCAUUUGUGAGAGGUGUUUCUGGUGGUGAGCGAAAAAGAGUUUCGCUUUUAGAAGCUCUCGCCACAAACCCAGUCGUGGCAUCAUGGGACAACCCCAACCGUGGACUCGACAGUUCCUCGACUCUCCAGUUCUUUCGCCUAUUGCGAUCCUUGGCCAAAACAAACGGCAUGACAAACAUCGUAACAGCGUAUCAGCUUUCGGACACAAUCUAUCACGAGUGCUUCGACCGCGUUAUGGUCAUGUACGAAGGCAGGAUGAUAUACACGGGAUCAAUCAACGAAGCGAGACAAUACUUCAUAGAUUUGGGCUUCCAGAACCACGAAACCCAAACAACUCCUGAUUUUUUGGCUUCCGUCACAUCACCAGAAGAACGAGUCAUCCGACCGGACCACCAUGGCCCCGUUCCACAGGAUCCUGAUUCACUCGCGGAAGCCUUCAGAAAGAGUCAGCAUUUUUCGAAGCUCCGGCACGACAUGGCCACUUAUCGCUUCAACUUCUCCCAUAACGCAUCCUUAGUGGAGAACUUCUGCGAACAUGCAGAGAAGAAAAAGUCAUGGUUCAAUCCAAAAACGGCUUUGACGAUUCGUUCAAUUUUCCGGCAAACCAUGUUAGCUGCUCGCCGUAAUUACCAGCUCCUCUGGGGCGAUCGUUUCACUUUCCUGACAAUCCUUGCUAUCAAUGCUAUUAAUGCAGUCGUCAGUGCUUCAGCGAUGUAUGAGGCACCAAAGACCAGUACAGGCUCCUUUAUCAAGGGUGGCUCCCUAUUUUUCUCCUCCAUCUACUUCUUCCUCAAUGCUCUCACUGAGGUUUCGUCCACGGUCAACGCGAGGAACAUCCUUGUGAAGCAGCAUAAACUCGGCCUUCUUCACCCCAUUUCAUUCGCUUUUGCUCAGACGUUUGCACAAAUUCCUCUGGCUCUUGUGCAGUCACUGGUCUUCUGUUGCUGCUAUUACUUUAUGCUUGGCACAGUCGAGACAGCUUCACACUUUUGGAUCUUUCUCUUCAUCGUCUUUGUCCACUACAACGCUGUUUCUAGCCUGUUUCGCAUGUUAGGGGCUUGGUCUCCCAACUUGAACAUCGCUAUGCUCGUUUCAGGAAUCUCUAUGCCGAUUUGUUUACUGUAUUCCGGUUAUGCGGUGCCUGUCCCUACGAUGCAUAAGUGGGGCUCUUGGAUUCGCCGCAUUGCUCCUUCACCUUACUCUCUGGAAGCGCUCAUGGCCAACGAGUUUGCCAGUAUUACUCUGCACUGUACUGAUUCUGAGCUCAUUCCGAACGGCCCCGGGUACACUGAUCUUCGUUUCCAAGGUUGUCCUAUUCCAGGGACCGCGAAAGGAUCGGCCGAAGUUUCAGGAACCGUUUUUCUGGCCGAGCAGUACAGUUUCAAGACAGAGUUGCUUUGGCAGGAUGUUGGAAUCAUCAUUGCAAUGUGGUUCAUUUACACCAUUCUCUCCGCCAUCGGCUUGACCAUCACGACUCGGGAAACAGGAAACUCUGGCGGCACGACAUAUAAACGUGGAGCAUCCGUCCCUUCUUCGAAUUCUGCUGCUCAUUCAGCUGGGGGCCAUGAGAAAGCAGACAUCGACAUCGAAAAUGAAGCAGCGAAAGCUUCUGGGAGCUGUUCAAACUCCUCUCGUGGUUCUCGGUCUUCUUCCAAGACACCAUCCCUGUCUUCUACGGCAAUGGACGGAAACAUUUCAAAGAGUCCGGCAAACGGCAUAGAUCCCCACAGCCGUGUACCAUUUACUUUCAGUAACGUCAACUACACGAUCAGCGGCAAACAGCUUUUGAAUAACAUAAAUGGUUACGUCAAGCCAGGCCAGCUCACUGCGCUUAUGGGUGCCUCUGGUGCAGGCAAAACGACAUUGCUUGAUACAAUUUCUCAACGGAAACAUGAAGGCACUGUGGACGGACAGAUGCUGUUGGGUGGACACCCUAUCGACGAGACGUUUGGUCGCGCCUGUGGAUUCUGCAUGCAACAAGAUGUACAUGAGCCGACGGCUACAGUGCGGGAGGCCGUUCAAUUCUCGGCGCAUAUGAGGCAGCCAGCCCAUAUUUCUGCGUUGGAAAAAGACGAAUAUGUGGAGCACGUAAUUCACCUCCUCAACCUCGAAAAUAUUGCAGAUGCCAUUAUUGGCACACCUGGAAAUGGCGGCCUUGGGGUUGAAGCAAGAAAACGUGUGACCAUUGCAGUCGAGCUGGCCGCUCGACCACCUGCAUUACUUUUUCUCGACGAGCCUACAUCCGGACUUGAUAGUCAAGCUGCGUUCUCCCUCGUUCGCCUCUUACAACGGAUUGCUGCCGAAGGAAUGCCAAUAAUUUGUACCAUCCACCAGCCCUCGGCCUUGAUCUUUGAGAUGUUCGACCACAUUCUCCUGUUGGCACCAGGAGGUGAGACGGUGUACUUUGGCGAGACUGGAGAAAAUUCUCACUGCAUCAUCGACUAUUUCGCUCGUGCGGGCCUGGUCGUUGGUUCCAGCAACCCUGCCGAAUUCAUCAUUUCCGCCGUGGGUGACAGAAGAGAAGGAGCGCCAAGUCUGGCACAAGUUUGGCGAGAGUCUCCUGAAUGCAAGGAACUAGGCAACCGCAUUGCUGCCUUGAACGGGCCGUCUGCUGCUACCGCACCAGGCAAAUCCGCCGAUAAACGAAGCUCUCGCUUUGCCUUACCACUCAGUUCGCAAAUACUUGCUGUCAGUCGUCGGCACUCCGUUGCCAUUUGGCGCAACGGAUUCUAUCUCUUCAGCAAAUUUGCCAAAGCCAUUGCUACCCAGCUUUUUAUCGCUUUCAGUUUCUAUAACAUAGGAUCCGACAUGCAGGGCUUACAAAACCACACUCUCGCGUAUCUCAUUAUCGCCUGGGUAAUUCCUGCCUCCGUCGCCGAUAUUCAAGACCUCUGGUUCGCCAAAUGGGACAUAUAUGAAGCGCGCGAGAAGAACGGAAUUUACGACUGGAAAGCCCUUUGUAUCGCUCUGAUAAUCGUCGAGAUACCUUGGCAUAUCGCUAUUUAUACCUUGAUCUUUUUCUGCACUCACUGGACCAUGGGCCUUUCAUCAGCGGCUUCAGUUGCCGGCUUUGACUACCUCAUGUUUCUCCUCCUGGGGCUCUUCAGCGUCGGCUUCCCGCAGUGCAUAGCUGCUCUAUUCCCGACCCCGACUCUCUCUGGUUACGCAAGCUCUUUCUUCUGGGUUGUUCUCAUGAGUUUUUCGGGAAUUGUUGUGCCACACACAUCUCUGGACACGUUCUACCGGCCUUGGAUCUUCUGGGCUGAUCCGAUGCGAUAUUACUUUGGCGCCAAUUCGGAGAAUGUUUUGCAUAACAAGCCGGCCGAGUGCAGUGCGAAAGAUUGGACUGUUUUCGACCCUCCUGGAAGCCAGACUUGCGGAGAAUAUAUGGCCGACUUCCUGAAGAGCCAUACAGGUUACUUGCGUGACGAGACCGCCACAACUGAUUGUCACUUCUGCAAAUUCUCUACUGGAGAUGACUUUGCGGCCACUUUGGAUUUUCAUUACGGUGAUAGGUGGAGGGAUUUUGCAGUUUUCUUAGGGUUUUGCAUCACUACGAUUUUGCUAACGGGUUUUGCGACUUGGUUUUACAGGGGGCGUAAGAUGAAGGUAAAGUCUUCCUAGCGUAU